AUGAAAAAAUUAAAAACAUCUAAAUCUAUUAAAAAAAGAAUAAAAGUUACAUCUUCAGGUAAGUUCUUAAGACAUAAAGCUUCACGUAGUCAUUUGUUGCAAAAAAAAACAUCUAAUCGUAAACAGAAGCUAAAGCAAGUAACUUGUAUUAAUAAAAAAGAUGCUUCGAGUUUUACACAAAAAUUGCCAUAUUUAUCUAAAUAA